AUGCUUCGAUUGGCUCGCUGGUGUUCGACAAGCCUGUUAAAGAUAGUCAAGGAUAAGCCAGAUAACUACUUUUCGGCUUAUACCAAGUAUGGCUGGUUCUUGGUGCCCAAGCAUGUCUUCUCAGAUGGAUGGACCCAGACCAAGAUAAACCUGGUGCUUCGAAAGCUUCCUGAGCUGAAGGGUGUGAAGAGCGAUACAAUUCUGUUUGAUGAUCCACGGUAUGAGAAACUCCAGGAAGCAGUGGAUCAAUGGGCUGAGUCUGUGGACCGCAAGGAUGUUCCUGCUGCUCCUUUGGCCAAGCUGCCUAAGAAGCGGAAAGAAGAGGAGGACCAGAUGGAGUAUAUUCGUCAGUCGCUUGGUUCACAUAGAACUGUGGUGAAGAACGGUGAAACUGUUUACAGUUCGGAGAAACACGAAAGAGUGACGUUUACCCAUGCAUGGAACUACUUUAGGUCGUUGUAUGCUCUUUCACCAGAGACAAAAAGAUGA